AUGCACAGAGUCGGACGAUGGUUUGAUCGCGGCCGUUCCUCGCUCAAUGCUUCAACUCACAGUCUAGACUCGCUGGAGGAGUCUCAAAACCUUGAGACUGCCAUGCGAGCCGUCGACCGAGUCAUGGAUGAUGACAUCAAGGGUGCUGAAGCAGGCCUCGCCGAUGGCAACUCUUCGUUUCACAAGCUUGCUAAAGGCACACUGGCCUUUAUGAAGGCUGCCUUGGGAUUCGAACAAGAGUUCAUGAAGGAGGCUUCGGAGACGCUCUACGAGGCCGAAUCCAGUGCUGCAGCCAGUCACGCGAGGGCCCAGCACGACUCGCGUGCUUUUCAGUCCACCAUCUAUGAAAGAGGUUCAGAAUUCGCAUUGUGCCAAGCAGAAGCCCAGAUCAUGUCUGCCGUGGUUGGCGUGCUCAAUGAGAGUCUGACCGAAUCACUGCGGGGCUUCUAUAAACUCCGCAAGGCAUAUAUUACCCUGGACAGCCUUGUGCAAAUGGAAAUCAACUUCAACCGCAAUCGCUCGAGCAGCACUCUGCCAGAUUCCAGAGAUCGGUCCAGCGAAAGUUUGCGCUCAUCCGCCUCCGGAAAGUCGGGCCACUUGUCUUCAGAACGGCUGGAGCCCCAUCCUUACCACCAAGCCCAACCUGCUCAACCAUCUGCGCUCAGAAAUGCGGAAGUCGUCGAUACUACUCCAGAUAGUGUCUCAGAUGAUGAAUUUCAUGAAGCAGAGGAGACCAAUGCAGCCACAGACAAAUACAACGGCCGCAUGGAGGUGGAGGUGAAAUCGGACCAUACGACGGAACUGGACCUGGAAAUUGAGCAAUUUAGUGAACUGCCCCCGGAAGGCGUGCUGAGCCGAUCGACAACAGCAACGCUUGGACUGCUCACAGAAGGGCCCGAAUCCGAAGUUUUCAGUAACUCGCUCGACGUCUUCAUCCACUCGGGAACCAAUCUAAUGUCUGGCCUACUGGCGCUUCUCAUCUCCAUCAUUCCCCCAGCGUUCAGCAAACUUCUGUAUAUCGUCGGAUUCCGUGGUGAUCGAGAAAGGGGCAUUCGGAUGUUGUGGCAAGCUAGUAGAUUCCCCAACAUCAACGGCGGGAUGGCAAGCUUAAUCCUGUUUGGUUGGUACAAUGGCCUGGUUGGGUUUUGCGAUAUCAUUGCGGACGCGGAUCCAUCUAAACCGGACGACAUAGAGGCGUAUCCCACGCAACGCUUGGAGACACUUCUGUUGGAGAUGAGGAAGAGAUACCCCAACAGUAAUCUCUGGAUCGUCGAGGAAGCAAGAACAGCGGCCUCGAGAAGAAACCUUGAUCGAGCUCUGGCCAUUCUCGCCACUCCUGGCAAGAGUCAACUAAAGCAGAUCGAAGCGGUGCACAUGUUCGAAAAGAGUUUGAGCGCUAUGCACGCCCACAGAUACCAGUUGUGUGCCGACUCCAUUCUAGCGUGCGUGGAUCUCAACGCGUGGUCUCGCGCUUUAUAUUAUUACAUUGCUGGCGCCGCACACCUUUGCUUCUACCGCCAUGACAAAACCCUCUCCAGCCAAGACAGAGAAAAGCACGCCAAGCUCGCCGAAGAAAUGUUCAAGACAGCGCCAACCAAAGUUGGAAAGAAAAAGAUGAUGGGGAGGCAACUACCUUUCGACAUCUUCGUGGUGCGCAAGAUCUCGAAAUGGGAAGAACGGGCUUCUCGGCGGAACUGCAGCUUCGUUGAUGCAAUUGGUGUGAGUCCGCUUGAUGAGAUGAUAUUCCUCUGGAACGGCUUCAAAAAAAUGAAUGAGUCGCAGCUGCAUGAUUCCUUGGACAAUCUUUCAUGGUCCGAAAGCAUACCUAACUGGAGUAAUGAAGAUGUCGAUGAGUACGCGAUCCUUGACAUCCUCAAAGCUAUCAUAUUCAGAAAUCUCCGCCGGCACGAGGAAUCCAUAAGCCUGUUGAAAAAAAAGCUGUUGACUCAAGGGGCCCAUGAGUUCAAGGGUGCGAACAAAGACGACUGGAUGGUUCCAACCGCACAUCAUGAAAUGGCGGUUAAUCUGUGGAUGCAGAGGACAGCAUACACUCAGCAACAUGGAGCCACAUUCAUCAGAGAUCCCACAGAGAAGAUGCCCGAGCUUGACCUCGUUCAUGACGUAAAAUUGGUUCAAGAAGCAAAACAUCACCUGGAAAAGGCGAGAGGCUGGGAGAAGUACGAGCUUGACGCCCGGCUGGGCAUGAAAAUCACGGCCGCGCUCAAUGCUGUCAAGAAAUGGGAACAGAAACAUCCCAAUGCACUGCGAUGA